AGCGCCGAGUUUCCGGAACCGCCUUCUCGGAGGCUCCAGCUCCCGGGUCUCCUCGCCACGAGCUUUUCCUCCUUACCGAGAGGAGGAGCUCGUGCGCCCGUCUCGGCCCGGAGCCAGGCAGGGGCGACGCCUCCAGGUAGAACGGAGGAGCUGCAGGAGGCAGCUGCCCUUCGUGCAGGCCCAGACCUGGAGAAACCAAGGCGGGUGUAGUCGCGAUGGAAGCCGGCGGGUCGCAGGGCGGCGUCGGCGUGGCCGGGCAAACUAAGCGGCCGGAGGACGUCAAACCUUGCGAGUCGGCCGUCGGCGCUGCCCAGGCCGCCUCGGCCCAAGACAGUUGCAUCUUCUGCCGAAUCGUAGGGCAGAAGGACCCCAACACCGAACUCCUGUACUGUGAGAAUGAAGAUCUAGUUUGCUUUAAAGAUAUCAAGCCAGCUACACUUCAUCAUUAUCUUGUAGUGCCAAAACAGCAUAUUGGAAACUGCAAAGAUCUACAGAGAAGUGAUAUAAAAUUGGUUGAGAGCAUGGUAAGUGCUGGAAAAGCUAUUCUUGAGAAGAAUGACUUCACUGAUUUCAACAAUGUGAGAAUGGGCUUCCAUGUGUCACCAUUCUGUUCAAUUUAUCACUUGCACCUUCAUGUUCUGGCACCAGUAGAUCAGCUUAGUUUCUUAUCAAGACUGAUUUAUAGAGUGAACUCCUACUGGUUUAUUACAGCUGAUCAUUUGAUUUCAAAACUAAAAGCAUGAAAAUGUCAGCAUUGGAAGAUUUUCCUAAUCGUGGCUCAGCAUAAACAAAUAUUUUAUUUGCUUUGAAGCUUAAUUUAAUGCUUGUUGAAUUUUAUAAGAUGUUACUCUGGAUAGCUCUAAAUGUUUUCUGAGUGUGUUUACUGAAAUCUGUGGCAUUGCUACAUGAAACUUGGUCAUUGACUUCUCUGUUUUAAUUGUUACUUGCCUAAGAUAUAAGAUACUAUGGCUACAAUCCCAUUAAAACAAAUUCUACCUAUCAAGAAGGGCUCUCUAUAGUUUUUUAAAAGUUGAAAUAUUUAAAUUUCUGAUUAGUCAGUUUACUAUAAUUUAUUUACAAAGAAUAAACUGGUAGAGUGUUUUGUUGGAAAUUUUAUUACCACGUAGAAAACCAAACUAUUUCAUAAUAGUUCUAUAAUUUUACACAUGUAAUUUCAAGGAGUACCAUAAAUAUGCAAUGUCCAUUGAUUUUAUUUGAUGUAAAUACAUCACUUUUUAUUCAGCUUUCAGAUGCUAGUUUUCAUUUCUUGAAGCUUACCUUCUUUAUAACAAAUUAAUUUUGAAAGUUAUACAAUAUAUUCUAAAAAUUAGUAUAUUUCUAAAAAUGAAUUUGCCAUAGUGGUCAGUUUGGCUAUCCAAGAGAAUUCACUGUAAUGGAAUUUAGCCUGUGAGAAGAUAAGGGGGGGGGGAAUACAAAAUAUUUAAUAUAUUAAUAUCUUAAAAUGGGUGGAAAUUGCUUUUAAAACUUAUACUCAUGGAAGGCUAAAUUAAAAAGUGGUUUGGGGCCAGAGACUUAGAACAGUAGUAGGGCAUUUACCUUGCAAGCAGUCAAUAUAGGAUGGGCCGUGGUUCAAAUCCCGGCAUCCCUGCCAGGAACGAUUUCUGAGUGCAGAGUCAGAAGGGGGGGAUUGUUUUUUCAUGCUAACUUUUAGUGACAGUAAUGAAAGUGAAUUAAGUAUAGGUACUAAAUCAAAUCCUACUGUGCUAAUAAGAGUAUCAUGUGCAUGAAUAUAAAUGAACAAAAUGAUUAAAGUAUUGAUGUUAAAAAUAGGCUAUGAUAAUGCAUUUUGUCAUAAUAUUAAACUUUAAAAUUAUGUAA